AUGGAACAAUCUUUGCUUGGUUCAUGUGACCAACAGUCCAGGGAUGUGCUCUCUACACUGAGCUUCUCAGAGAAUAAAUUAAUAAAUCGACCAGAUUAUGAAAGUGAUGAACUUGAUAACAAUGAAAUUAUUGAUCAAAUGCAGUUGAUGCACGAUGACAAAAGCAUCAACCACCAAAAUACAUCAUUAUUGGAUGAUGGCAACCAAUAUAAAAGGGUUAACAACCAUGGAGGACGAAUUAGUGACUGCAAUGAGGAUGCCUUGAUGAGCGACAUUACCAUUGAGUUAAUGAUGAGUUCGACCUCAACUGAUAACUUGAAAUCUUGUUCAGCUAAUUUAAACUUUCAGGUUUGUAAUUCAACAUCUAAAAAUGGAACACGAUUUUUUUCAGAUAAUGAAGCAUUAGAAAAAACAUCAAGUUUAUGUGAGAAUGUUCUGCUGCAUGAUGCAAAGCACAGUAGCCAGUUUGAUGAUGUUAAUUUAGAAUCUAAUGAUGCCAAACAGGAUCGAGACAGUACAUCUGAUGAUGAUUUGUUGAAUGAACUGGAAAGAGUUGUGUUAGGAAAUUUGGCUGAACCAGCUUCAACUCUACAUAGCUCCAACAUUUACAACUCUGGUAACAAUAUUGACAUGAGUGUAUCUGAAUCAUCAAGCGACAUAUCUAUCAAUUUAUCAGCUCAGUCAACAGCAGUUAAAGAUCUUGAAACUCUAACCAAAAAAUACAAUGCCCUCAUGAUGAGAUUAAAUCACACUACAGAGGAAAGAAAGAGCCUGGAGAUUGUUAACAUCAACUUGGAAAGGAAAAUUGAUGUGAUGGUCAAGAAUCAUGAGAUGGAACAAAAAGAAUUACAAGAUCGCUUAAUUGAGCAAGAUCGAAGUUUUGAAGAAUUGAAAGAGAAGUUGAUGAGACAGCUGACAUUAUGUAAGAAGGACAACUUUGACAGCAGUCAGGACCAUCUGCUGCAACUAGAUUUGAUGAACAAGAAACUGGAUGAAGCAAGGAGAGAGAAGGAUGAAGUCGUGGUGAGAUUUGCACAGGCAGAACAGAAAAACAUGGAGUUGCUGGAGAGAGCGCAGAAAGCCGAGAACAAAGUGAAAGAGUGGGCGAAGGAGAGGGAGACUGCCCUGGCCAGGUGGAAGGUCAUGAAGGAGGAGAACAAGAGGGCAUUUGAUAUCUGUGAUGUCCAGAAAGCAGAAAUCUUGCAGUUAAAGAAAGAAAAUGAGAAAUUGAAGGAAGCUGAGUCAUCCUGUGAUGUUAAGAUAAAAUGGCACAUGAACAAAUUGAAAACAGAACAAGACAGCCACAAGGAGACAGUCACAAAGUUGUCUGAUUCCACAAAUUUGGUGAAUGAAUUGAAGAAUGAAGCUACCAUCCUAUCAGAAACAGUUCGAAAUAUGUUCAAUGUUCUUAAGGAGCUUUUCCCUCAACAAACAAUUGCGCAAUUGGCCUCUCUACCAAAAAUCGACGUUACUAAUUUAUGCCAAGCCUUCCAAUCCAUUAAGAAGGAUCUGAUGACUUUGCUCUGGAAGCAGAAGGAAAUUAUCCACUGUUUGGAACUGGAGCACAAGACUCAGCAAGAGGAGGUGACCUCAUUACAUCAGCAACUGACUGUGCAGCGUGAGAACAACACUGACUUGCAGCAUAAGAUCAGUGAGCUACAGAACAUGGGAGAUGACUAUGCAAGAUUGAAGUCAGAACUGAGCACAGCAACUGUCAGAUUGUCGGAACUGGAGUCAUCCCAUGCAGACCUUACCAAUGAGCUGGCACUAAGCAAGUUGAGGGAGGAUGAAAACUUGAAGUUCAACAGCAAAUUAUCGCAAAUCAAUUCUGAAUUGCAGGCAUCGCGUGACAAGAUGGAGGUUGAAUUGGAAUUUGCCACAAAGAAUUUGACAUUACUUGAAGAGAAAUGUUCCUCACUGGAUGAACAAGUUAAAGAGCUGAUGAUCGCAAAGGAGAGAUUGAAUUCUGAUCAUGUGACACAGAUAGAAGAACUGAAAGUGAAACUGGAGGAAUCCCAAGCAAAAGUCGAGGCUCUGAAUUUGAAAUUGAAGGAGAUUGAGGAUGACAUGAAGAUAAGCACUAGAAAGCACAAUGCAAUCAUUAAGGACUUAAGAAGACAGUUGCAAAGUCGAAGGCCUAUAAAUGGAGCUGAAGAAUUUUCACAAAAUGGCAAACUUGGGGAUAGGGACAACAACUCUUUGUGCUCCUGGCGUUCUCAUGGUGGGUCUUCACUUUCAUUGGAUGCCAUAACUGCCAAUCAAACGGUUUCUUCUCCACCUAUCGUCCAAUCAAAUCAUUCUAAGCAUGGGACUUCUAAUGAGCAGCAGCAGUUACAGCAGCCAGCAAAUUUUAAUAACGUUGAGAACAGUGUCGAUGAAAGGAUCCAGCAACUGCAACAACAUCUGAGGAGGAAGGCUGGAAGAAUUGAGUUCUUGAAGGAACAUGUGGCACAGCUGACUGAGGAAUUGCAUAGAAAAUCCAAGAUAAUUAGGGAAUAUGCAAUAAGAGUCGAUGCAGCAUCUUUGGUGCCAGAGUCUUCGGACAGGAAUAAAGCCCUGCUUGCUAGCAAGGGUGGUACAACAAUGGCAUCCAUUUUCGGCUCCAACCACACUGAUGGCUCCAUGUCCAUGGCACUCUCUAUUGAAAUCAACAGGAAGCUGCAAGCUCUUGUCGAGGACACACUCUUGAAAAAUAUUAAACUUAAGGAAUGCAUGGACACACUGGGACAGGAAAUAGAUUGGCUAACCAAAGAUAACAAAUCUCUCAGGGCCCAACUCAGCAACCUGGAGAAGAAUCUGGCAGACGAUAAUAACAGAGAUUUGGCUACCAACGGAAAUAGCACUAACAAUUGCGUUCAAGAUGAUGACAUCGUUAAAGAUGAAGUAUUGAGCACAUGUAGAAAGUUGAUCGUAACAUUUUUUGUACACAAGUUUCAACGCCAUUAUAUAUUUUCCUUGCACUUAGAAAAAAAAUCAGUGACUAUCAAGUUGUGA